CUUACAACAGGAAUGGCAGUAUUAGUAUAGGUUACAAUGUUCUUGACAUAAAACCACAAUCUGGCACUUUUCAUGUUAUUACAAUUCAUCACAUUAAAGCAAUGAAGAUACUAACUUCUUCAAUAAAAGACAUCAAAACUUGGAAAUCUUUAAAUGCUUUUGAAUAUUUAAAAUAUAUUGGAAAAGAAGAAGAGAACAAAGGUAAUCUUUUAGCCAGUGAAUUACAAGGUCCAGGUAUACAAGGAAUAUUAGAUAAAAUAGUUUGUAUAAAUUCAAAUUAUUUCUUGAGUGGGACCAAGAGGUUGCUGUAG